AAAUUCCAUGACAUCAGAUAGUCCGGCCUGUGGAGUAUAUAUACAGGCAUCUCACCGUAUGGGUGCAGUAAACGGCAGGGGACCAAACACAGCGAGCAUGGAGACACACAUGAACGGUGAGACCUCCUAUGAAGGGUCGGUGAAAUCGGGAAAAGACGGCGGUGUCUUUCUCAAUGGCGCCACUGUGGACCCAGUGGAGGGCUUCAUCCGCCAGGCCAUGGAGGUGAUUCUAGAUGAGGCUGUGAGGAAGGCCACGGACGUAAACGAGAAGGUCUGUGAGUGGCGCUCCCCCGAACAGCUGAAGGAGCUGCUGGACCUGGAGCUGAAAGACGAAGGAGAGUCUGAAUCCAAGAUCCUGCAGCGCUGCAGAGAGGCCAUCAGAUACAGUGUCAAGACCAGUCAUCCUCGGUUCUUCAACCAGCUGUUUGCAGGCCUGGAGCCUUAUUCAACGGUGGCAAGCUUCAUUAUUGAGUCCAUCAAAACCAGUCUAUACACCUACGAGGUGGCUCCAGUCUUCACCCUCAUGGAAAACGCUGUGCUGAGGAAGAUGAUUGAGACGAUUGGUUGGGAAGAAGGAGGAGAUGGGAUCUUUAAUCCAGGUGGCUCCAUGUCUAACAUGUACGCCAUGAACUUGGCCCGGUAUCGGUACUGCCCAGACUGGAAAGAGGUUGGGCUCUACUCUGCUCCACGACUCGUCGUGUUCACAUCUCAGGAGAGCCACUACUCCAUCUCCAAAGCUGCAGCUCUGAUGGGAUUGGGAACGAAGAACGUGUACAUGGUGCCUUCAGAUCAGAGAGGAAAGAUGAUUCCUUCGGCUCUGGAGGAGAGAAUACAGCUGGCAAAACGUGAGGGUGCAGUCCCUUUCAUGGUAAAUGCCACAGCUGGUACGACAGUGUUUGGAGCCUUUGAUCCCAUUGAGGAGAUCGCCAGCGUCUGUGAGAAACACAACCUGUGGCUGCAUGUGGAUGCGUGUUGGGGAGGAGCUGCUCUCAUGUCGAAGAAACACAAGCAUUUGUUAAAGGGCAUCCAUAGGGUUCAUUCGGUCUCCUGGAACCCUCACAAGAUGCUGAUGGCUUCGCUGCAGUGCUCAGCCUUCCUGGUCAGAGAUAAAACGAGUCUCCUCCAGCGCUGCCACUCUGCUCGGGCCUCCUACCUCUUCCAGCAGGACAAGUUCUACGAUGUGAGCUACGACACGGGGGACAAGUCCGUCCAGUGCAGCAGGAAACCGGACGCCUUCAAGUUGUGGCUGAUGUGGAAGGCUUUAGGGAGCAGAGAGCUGGAGCAGAGGGUAGACCGAGCCCUCGCCAUGGCCAGGUAUCUAACACAAGAGAUCAAGAAAAGAGAUGGGUUCCAGCUGUUGAUGGAACCUGAGUUUGCAAACAUGUGCUUCUGGUACAUCCCUCCCAGCCUGAGGAAGCUCCCAGAAGGACCUGAGCUGUGGACAAAGCUGCACGCUGUGGCUCCAGUCAUCAAAGAGCGUAUGAUGAAGACUGGCAGCAUGAUGAUAGGCUACCAGACACAUGGAGACAAGCCCAACUUCUUCAGGAUGGUGGUCAUCAGCCCUCAGGUCAGCAGGCAGGACCUGGACUUUGUCCUGGAGGAGAUCCACCAUCUGGGACAGGACUUGUGAUGAUGGACAAGAGACCUGAGAGCUUCAUUUGGACCAAGCGAAGGAGAAUCCAGAACUCUUCCUGAUGUUUAUGAUGACCUCAGCUGUUGGAUGAUGGCACUGCAUUUCCUUCACAAGGACACUAAAGAUAUAAAAGAUUCCAAAUAAACACAAGUACCCAGUGAA